AUGUUCUGGAACAUCCGUGGUUUCGGCGUUAGGGGGCGCCGGACCAUGCUCAAAGACUACCUCCGCAAACACCGGAUCGACAUCGUUUGCCUUCAAGAAACUAUAGAACAGGACUUUACGGAUCAGGAGCUCAGAAGCCUCGAAGUGGGAGAGACCUUUGUCUGGUGCUGGUUGCCUGCCUCAGGGAGAUCAGGCGGUAUGCUUAUGGGCUUUAGGGAAAGCAUGUUUGAGAUCGGUGCGAUUGACACUGGUCGUCACUUCGUUUCCGUGGACGUCAUCCUCAGACCUGCCAGGCUCUCUCUCAGGAUCUUUGGAGUCUAUGGCCCGGCUGACCAUGCGCUCUCAGCUUCUUUCCUCCAGGAGCUUUCUAUCGAAGUACAGAACACCCCUUUGGCCAUUAUCAUGGGUGGGGACUUCAAUCUUCUCAGAACGGAGCAGGACAAGAACAAUGACAGGAUCAACUAG